CAUUUUACUUAUCUCUGAGAGAUUCAAAAGGCUUUCCUUCUUCUUCUACAAAUCCAAUAGAAAAAGGCUUGUUCUCUCUCUCUCUCUCAUUCAUUGAAAUGGGUUUUUCUUCUCUCACAAGUCUCUUAAAAACCCAUCAAUGUCAUAAGCAUUUCUUCUUCAAAUCCAAUCAAGAGCAAAACCAUCUUCCUGCUUUUCACUUCUGAUAUCUAAGAAGAGAGAGGAAAAAAACAGCUGAUAUUGAAAUAGGUUCUUCUUCUUGUUUGCACCUCUCCUUUCAACCCAAAAAAAAAACCAUCUUGUCACUUCACUUUUCUGAUCUCUGAUCAUGGAAAAUACAGAUGAAAUUCAAAUGGGUUCUUCUCCUUCAUCCCAUUUCAAAAACCAAUUAAUCUCUUUUGCACUUCUUCUUUUGAUCUUCUCUCUUCUUCCAAUUUCCCUUCUUUCUCCAACCUUCCUCACUUUUCUAGCUUUGAUUCUAUCUACUGUCGUUUUCUUCACUUUCAUAAAGAAAAAGCAGAUUUUGCAAGAGAAUUCAAUUCAAGAUGAUGAGAUUCCUCCCAUUCAAGUCCCCCAAAACGCACCAGAAAUGGAGGUUGGCCUGAAACUUCAGCCGGAAACUGACAUUGCGGAACUGGAGAAGGAAACGAGAAAAGAAGGAGAUGUGGGUCAGAUUCAUCAGCCCAUCGUUGGAUCGCCGGACUUAUUGUCGGACAGCGAAGGCCUCGAUCUUCUCUCAUCGACCAGUAACAAUUCCGAGGCUGAUUGGUCCUUUCAGUACAAUGUGGGUCAGAUUCCGGCAGCACGCUCGGAGGAUUCAAUCUCCGACGAUGACAGCCUCAUCGAGAUCGCCCUCCCCGGUGGGCGGUACGUCCGAUCAGAUGAGCCAGAGGGGUUGUGGCCAAAUUCGCCGGAAUUCUCACCGGAGCCGGCAUUCCAUCAGCAUGGGAUUAUGGGGCUGUUAUCAGAGAUUAAUGAAGAAGAUAACCUGAUUGAGAUUGACAUCUCUGUGGGGUCCAUCAAGUGUUCAAGGGUGGAGAUCAAAGCAUGAGAUAUUCUUCUGGUUGAGAUUGCCAUCUGUGGGGCCCAUCAAGUAUUCAAGGGUGGAGAUCUAACCAUUUAAAAAUUGACUACUACAAGGGGUCCAUCCAAUAGUACUCAAAGAUAGACAUUGAAGCAUGAGAUAUCUUUUGAUUCAGUGGGACCCACCCAUCAAGUGCUCAAGGGUGGAGAUUGAAGCAUGAGGUUUGGUCCAUCAAAUGCUCAAGUGGGUAGAGAUUGAAACAUGAUGUGGGGUCCAUCAAGUGAUCAAGGGUGGAGAUGGAAGCAUGAGGUAUGUUAUAAUAUGUUCUUGGUUUUUUGGGGUUUGUUUUAAAUCUUUCUAGGGUUAGGGUUUUGGGGUUUGGUUUUGUUUUUAGGGUUAGGGUUUUAAUUGAAAUGGGGUUAGAAGUCUUUGAUGUUUUUGAGUGCUGUUUCUUGCUUUCUUGCAAGCUUUGGAUGCUUAAAGCAUUUGUAACAUGCCCCUUUUUCACCUUUGUGAAUGCCAUUGUACCAAAACCCUACCUUUAUGAUGUUUCUACUUUCUAUA